GGAAGUAAUGCAGGGUCAGAUUUGAGUGUAGAAGACAAAAAGAAGCCCUCUAGCCAAGAAUUAAAAGAUAAUACAACUGAAGAGCUAGUACAAGAGUUAGAAAAGAUAUUAAUUGUUACAACUAUGUUAAUAAGCACUGAAAUUGUAAAAAAUAUACAAAGGCUUAGUAAAGAUGAUAAACAGAAAAAAAUACUAGUAAGGGCAGAUACAAACAAAGCCAACUAG